AUGGAUACACCAGGUAAGUGAUCCUUGUGUUUUGGAAGCUCAUUCUGCAGGGCUGUAUAUACUGAGCAUUAGUAGAGAGUAUCUCACUUUAUAGCUGAUUAAUUCUGUGAUGGUCUUAGAAGUUCCUCGCUGACUGUUACUGUUUGACAGAACUCAUCUGUGAUCUUAAAAGGGACACUAUAGUCACCAGAAUCACUACCACUUAAGGCAGUGGUUCUGGUGAUGAAACAUACAGGCUUUGCAAUGUAAAUACAAUGUAUUUCUUUUUUUACUCUCUAGUGCAGCCAAUCAAAUGGCCACUAGAGGUGCUUUGUGUCUACCCUCAGUCUCAACACUCUGUAUGGUGAUAGAGGUGUUACUCUAGUACCCAAACACCUGGGUUUAAAACCUAACCUUGCACUCUGUUUCUCACAUCAGGGCUAAAUCCUUUAGCUUUAAUGUUGGUAUUGACAAAGUGGAAACACUGUAUUCUUGUUGGUGCUUCAAAUAAACUAUCUAUAUCCUCUUCCUUGGUUUCUUUGCUUUCAAUCUGAGGAGAUACUAAUUGCUUCAGUGUUUGUGCAAAGCAUACACACUAACCUCCUCCUAAAUGAUUUCCUAUGGGGGGGUCAUUGGAUGGGUUGAGAUCAUCAAAACUGAUCACAUCCACAUACUGGUAUGGGAGAAAAGGUGAGUAAAAUCACCUUGUUAGAGUGAGCCAUGCAAGCAUUAGAAUCAGUAAUCCAUGUUUCUAUUUCUUACCCUAGUGUUCCUUUUAAAUAAACUCUCUGGAUUAAAAAUGUCUAACUCAAAAUUUAACCUCAGCUGAUCUGGUGACACACUUUCCUGUUUGGCUAUAUACAUUUAAAAUUGUGCAUAAUGCUGCUGGUAUGGUAGCACAUUAAAAAACCCAGGACAGUGGGACAGAACCUUAAUACUGCAUACCUCCCAAAUGUCCCUACACUGCAUAAAUUGUUAGGAAGUCUCCUAAAACAUCUCGCAACAGGCCAGCUCCUGGCCACACUGACACCUCUAAAACAUGUGUCCUUCUUGGUCCAUUUGAAAUUUUUGCAGAUAAAAAGAACCCUGUAAUGUAGACCAAAAGAAAUGGCUCCUGUUUGGAGCUCUGUGUUCUGGAAGGGUUGUUUCCUGUGCUGCUGGGGUUUUAUUGAACCGUCUUAAAUCCAAUUUAAACCUUCAAUAUCUAGGCUUAUGGCUUAAAUCACUUGCAGUUGCACUUUCAUAUUGUGUUGUGGACUACCAAUAGUGGCUAUAACCUCUUCCUAUUGACUUCCAGAUACCCUCCUGUUUGCUGUGAAGGAUUAUGUUGCCAGAGCUGGAUUACCACCCAAGAAUCUUCUGGAUAGCUUUGAUGCCAGAUCUAGCAUUGUAGGGAAACUGAAUAAUGUCAGUAAGAUUGCCUUUAACCCAGAAGGGGUGCUGUUUGCUGUGCGUGGUAAAGAACUCUUCAUGGGAGCUAUGCCUUCAGAUCCAAACCUGGACUUUUUCUCUACUGCCAAGAGAGUGGGCAAAACUGACUGGGAAGGGUUUAAAUUCAUCAUCUUUGAUCCAAAUGGCCUUCUGUAUGCAUCUACCAAGAAUGGGGAGUUCUACAAGGGUCCAGCACCAAGCAAUGAAAACGUGUCCUGGCUUUAUGGCCAAGCCACCAAAAUAGGAACCGGCGGCUGGCAUGAAUUUGAUGCCCUUUUCUUUGACCCUAAAGGCAUCCUGUAUGCAGUGACCAGUGACGACAAGCUUGUGAUGAGAAGCCCUCCAACCAAACCAGACGAUAACUGGCUAGCCUCCAGCACAACCAUUGGAAAAGGAGGCUGGCGCAUUCUGACCCAUUUCAUGGCUUUCACCCUAGAGUCGGACCUGUGGUGUGUGGAUUCAAAGAAUGGCAACAUCUAUAAAGGACCAGCACCGACCAAGGCUGAUACCAACUACAUUGAAAAGGCAGAGAAACUGGGCUGGGGUUACAAUGUCUACCCCCUCCUUUCCUUUACCAUUGAUAAAACCAUCCAGAGUAUUGUGAGCUUUGAAUUCCUGCCAGAUUCAGGGAAAAUCCUAUCCCAAGGCACAGAGGUGGUGCAGACCCAGAUCUAUAACAACAAGAGCAGCACUCCAUUAAAGCACACCUUCUCGUAAGUAAUGGAAACCUCAAUCUCAUCCACUCAGGGAUCCCAAUUUCAACUUGCCACUGGCGAGUGACACUUCAGCUGUGGCAAGCAGAAAUUCACCCUCAGUGUUCCAUGGAUCCUUCAGGCUUGCAGUAGUCACUUCUAGGCCUGACUAAUGGAAUAGGACUUUAGCUCUGCAGGUGCUUCUACCUAUUGGCAAGAUUACAUAGAGUACAGGAUGGUGCACUAUAUACAAUACUUUGAAUACUAAAAGGUUGGUGGUCUCUCUACAUUAAAAUCCUUCAUAAGUUACAUGAUUCUAUACUGGCUGAAUAGAGCAUGGUGUCUGUGUUUUACCAAGGUUGAAGAAAGCAUUGUUUACAAUCCUAGGGCUACUUAUUGGCAGACGGUGCUCUUUUAUAAUGCCUGUGUUGGUGCUUGUGACUUUUCUAUGCAAAACAAAGGUUUAGGUGGUCCAAGAAAGGCAAGAUUAAUCAAACUAGAUGACAAGCGGCAACAGUUUGACCUUUAAGGUCUUUCUCUGAAUUGGAAGUUCGCAGGAUAGAUUUGGGAAUAUAAUUGCCAUUAGAUGUGCUCUGAGGUUGUUCUGUUGAACAAUUGUGUGUUCUGGAUAUACUGCUCUUACAUUGGUCAUAGUCUUCAACACUGCUGCCAGUCCUCCUUAAUGAGUGAGCUUCACUUAUGUGAUGCUUUUUAAUUGCACUCAUUUUGUGAUUGUGCUUCUAAAAUGAUGGGGUGUAUCCCUUAUUUGCUAGUUUGAGGAAGACCUUUUAAAGGUUGAAACAUUGCUGCUGAUCUGGUUUAAUUAAACUUUCCCUUUAUUUUUGGACCAUGGAGUGCCUAAACCUAUGUCUUUGCAUACGGUAUCUGGGAUCUAGUGCUGGCCCCUGGUUUAGUUGUACCCUGGCCCAGAGUUAUGGGAUUGAGUGCAGUUCUGAUUCUAUUCAGAAAAUGUCUCUUUUCCAGUCUUAAAAUAGUUGCCAGCUUCUGCUACAGAAAGCCUGUCACUAAUGGCUACUAGACUCCACUUGGCGACUGGUUUGUUAUCCUAUUACUCGUUGCUGGCUGCUUCUAGUCAGGCAGAAGGGGCAUUAACCCUUCCUAUUGAACAAGUCUUGUUCCAGUCCCUGACACAGGGUGAAGUUGCAUUCUCAGGUGUUUCUGUGCUUUACCAGCAAACCACAACUGUCAGUCUGGGAACUUGUAGUUGCUAGAAGCUACUGGUUGCUAAUGCUUGUCUGAGGUGAGCAUGUCUUUUGCACAGGUUUUCCCUCACACUUUACUUCUGGAUGGAACUGUCUGGUUAUCAAGGAAAGAAUUGACUUGUAAUGGCAAAUAUUAGAAUACCUCCAGGAAAACUGUCCAGGUGUCUGGUCUCAGACUACAUCUUUGUCCUCCUGUUUGACCUGACUAUUCAUGGUGUCCUACCAUGCACAAUGUUUAUUGGAUUAUUUAUUAUUUUUUUUUUUUGUGGGCCACAUCCAAGUUCUUGACAAAGACCUCCUUGUUGGGUUGGAAUGUUUGUCCUUUGUUUCAAUAAACCUGCCUGUGGCUUUAACAUCGGGGGAGGGGGGAUUUUUUAUAAUUUUUUUUUUUUUUUUUUUGUUCUACUAGAUUUGCUGUAGUGGGAUAGUUGGUCCUGCACUGGGUGGCUGCAUGGGGACUGAGUGCAGUUCCUACCUACCUUUCUAGCUUCAAACAUGGAAUAUCCAGAAAUCCUUGUAAUUCUGUGUUGGGAGCUAGUUGCAGCCCAGAAAUGUUCCAUAGUGUGCACACUGGCAAGAGUUGGGAUCCUAUGCAACCUUGCAGGCUGAGUUUCUGCAAGAAUAAGAUCACAAUAUUCUCCUUCCAACACACAUUGUGCUCCCUCCCAUUACCCAGGGUAUGUAUGUCAUAGUAUCCAGUAGGGCAUUCCCUUUCUCUCUUUCCCCUUCUCCCCCCCCCCACCCAAUAAAGCGUUGGAGGCAAACACAACAUAAUUUUCCAAUUCUCCUUUUUGAAGGAGACCCUGAUAUAAUCUGGAGUGCCCCUAGGAAAGGGUGGUCAAAAAUCCAGUGACUAGCUUAAUAUCGUCUCAGGCUAUUCUCCUUCUCUCUCAAUAUAUUUUUAUUUUUUUUUUAUUUAUUUUUUUAUUUGCAUUUUAUAAGAUUUCACAGUCGUAUUACAGGUAUACAGGGUAUGCAAGUUACAUUCAUGAGUACAACUUUUGAGCAACAUGUAUUGACAAUGAGCUAUCAUAUCUGUGUCUUGAUGAGAGCCAGUUUGAAGCAUACAUAUAAUAGUGGUAAUAUAGGUACAUCGUUAAACAAAUUGUCAUUAAACAGAGUAUCCUGGCAUUGCUGUCGUGCCCAUAUUUGUGUAGCUCUCCUUCUUGACCCUUAGUCGUGAUGGUAGGAGUUUUCUCUUCGCUGUGCCAGUGUCGGUAAUUGCUCAGUUGUAAAAAUAACCCGCAUCUUCCCUGACACCUAGCUACUAUUCCAAUGAACAGGGGAAUAUAAACUUGGGGCAUAACCUGGGUAUAAUGCGGGGAAAAGAGAGGGGUAGAGGAGGGGAGGGGGGCAGGUAUUGGUCCCUUAGCUUAGUCCAGCUUUUAGGCCUGUUCGUUGGCCUUAAUAAAUUGCACCAGUGUGCACAACCAGCUUAAGUAGGAGAGGGUAGUGUGUGCAGGCUUCCAUAUGGUCAAAGAGUGAUGUUAAAGAAGGUUUAGGAAGGUUUGCUUAGUGCUCUUUCCUUAAAGCAUUGACUCAUGAGCUACCACACAAAGGUGUGUAGAGUGUUUAACUUGUCACUGCGUCUGUUGGCGUGUGUCCCAUUUUUCCCACGCCUCCUUCCAAAAUUUUUUGGGGGGAUUGUUGGACCUGGCCAUUAUCUCAUACUUCUUUAUAGUUUCAAUGUGGGUUAUGCAGCUCUGUAUGUUGGGGAUCGUCUGCUUUUGCCAGUGUUUGCUGAUAUGCAACAGAACUGCCGAGAUAAUGUGAUAUAUUAAGUAUCGGGAUGAUUUUGUAUGGCCUGGUGGCAUAUACUGUAGGAGGUAAUGUUCGGGGGUGUGUGCGAGAGCUACGCCUGUAAUGUUUUUAAUUAGGGUCUGUGUUUCCGUCCACAAUGGUGUCAGGAUUGGGCAUUCCCACCAAAUGUGUAGCAUGGAGCCUUGAGCUUUAUUGCAUCUCCAGCACAGUCCUGUAUUCUUAGGUAUCAUAUGUUUCAGUCGGGUUGGUACGAAGUACCAGCGAUAUAAUAAUUUCCUGGCUAGUUCCAGAUGGGUUGUGCUAAGUGUAAGUUUUUUUUAUUCUCACACAGUAUAUAUGACCACUGCUCUUUUGUUAACUGUUUUCCUAGUUCAACUUCCCAUGCUUUAACAAACUGUAGUGUAUGUGGGUCUGGUACACUAUAAUGGCGAUUGUACAGUAUAGAGAUUAGCUUGAGUGGCCUCUUCGUCUGUGUGCAGAGACUUUCUAAUGCAUUGAAAGUGUUCCACCUGUUUGCUGCAGGCAGUACUUUUCUAUUUGUCUGCAGCCAUGAGCUUAUCUGUCUGUGCGCAAAUGCUGCUGCAUUGGGUAAUUGGUAUUUAUUUUGCAGUCGGUUGAAGGGGAUGAUCUCUCCCUGAUCAAACAACUGAUUCAAGUAUAUUAGACCUCUAUUGCUCCAGGACGAUAUGUUCAAUGAAGGUAUCAGACCAUAAAAUGACUCUAGGAGGAAGGCUGGUGAUAGCCCCCCAUCAAAUCCUUGUUCCUUAUUAAAUCUGUCCCAUUCUUGCAAUGUUGUAGCUGUGAGUGGUGACAUAUCUUUAUAUUUUUUUCUAAGUUGUGGCGGUGUCCAGGCUAGGUGCGUUAUUUUUUUUUUCCCCCCAGUUAGGUCAGCCUCUACCGUUACCCAAGGGGAUGGUUUGUCAUGUUGGUGUAAUUCGUUGACCAACGGUGCGAGUAUAGCUGAUCUGUAGUACGUGGCUGUGUGGUAAUCCCAUUCCCCCUCCUUUAUAUGUGAGGUACAUGAUUUUUGCCGCUAUUCUGGGUUUCUUAUGGGACCAGACAAAGGUGUUAAUCAAUUUUUGUGCGUCGUGAAGGAAUGUUUUUGAGAGCCUAAUUUGUAACGUACGGAACAUGUAUUGCAGUCUCGGGAGAAUUUUCAUUUUGACUGCUGCUAUUCUACCUAUCCAUGAUAUGUAUUUCCCUUUCCAAUUCGCUAGCUGCUGUUUUAUGGAUGUGAGGAGUUUGCCGUAAUUUUCCCGAUGUAAGUUCCUUUCUAGUCUCGUGAAUUUUAUACCCAAGAAAGUUAGGUGGUCUUGUCUCCAUUCAUAAUGGUAUUUCUGUUGCAAGGCUGUAUACAGCAAUGCAGGUGCAUGCAGACUCAUUGCUUGCGUUUUAGAACUGUUUAAUUUGUAAUGAGCAAUUGCUGUACUGUUGCAGCAGAUUCUGGAGUUCUGAGAUAGAGGUGAGUGGGUCAGACAGGGAGAGCAUUACAUCAUCUGCAAACAUCGUUAUUUUGUAUGUUUUUAUUUUUAAUUUCCACACCUCUGAUUUGGUUGUUAUUCCGUAUUGCUUGGGCUAAUGGCUCUAACGCAAGAAUGUAUAAGGCCGGGGAGAGCGGGCAUCCUUGCCGUGUUCCAUUUGUGAUAAGGAACGGCUUGGAUACGAACCCGCCGUUCGCAACCUGUGCUGAUGGCUUGGAGUAUAGUGCUAAUAGUAGGGAUAGAAAUUGUUGUGGGAAUGCAAAUUUUUGUAGGACAGUUCUCAGGAAGCUCCAGUGUAGUCUGUCGAAUGCCUUCUCGGCGUCCAGGGACAUAAAGACCCUGGGCUCUCCGAGAGGCGUCCCAUUAUAGAGGAGGCUGUGGAGCUUCCUAGUCCCGUCAGUCCCCUGUCGCCCCCUUACAAAUCCCACUUGGUCCGGGUGUGUUAUAAAGGGGAUUAUGGCCGCUACACAAUUGGCGUAUAUUUUGGCUAAUAGUUUCGUAUCUGUGUUUAACAGUGAAAUAGGCCUUAAAUUUUUAGGUUGCGUGGGUGGUUUCCCUGGCUUUGGUAGCGUGGCUGUGUGCUAAUAGCAUUUCCACUGGCAUCUUCCCUGUGUGUACGAUAUGAUUCAAUGUGUGUACUAGGUAGGGGCUCAGGAUGUUCGAAAAGACUUUGUAGUAAGUGUUCGUGAAGCCAUCGGGCCCUGGUGACUUCCCCGAAGGGAGUGAGCGAAUCGUUUGCUGUAACUCUGUCAGUGUGAUCGGUUCUAUCAGGGAGUCCUGCUGUUGUUGUGUUAAUUUUGGCAGUUUUAUCUGCGAGAGGAAGUUAUCAAUUUCCACUUGUGUUGGCUGAUGUGUUUGGGGAUCUUUUGUUAGGUUGUACAGGUUUUGGUAGUAGGCUGCUGUUUCUUCAUUAAUGUCUAUGGGGUUGUAUAUUUUCUCUCCUGUGCUAGUGAGUAAAUAUGGUAUUUUGGCGUGGGCUUGGUGAUGCCUCAGUAAAGAUGCUAAUCUUUUUCCCGCUCUGUUUCCCUGGGUGUAAUGCUUCAGUUUGAGUGUUUGUAGAGUGCGCGCUGUUUUUUGAAGUAGAUCAUUUAAUUGAUUUGUAGUUUGUUCUAUUUCAAUGUCGAGGUUGGGGGUGGGGUGUAGCAGCUGGGCUGCUUUUAGGUCACGCAGUUUGGUCAGUAGUGUGAGGCGCGCCUGUUGAGAGGUCCUGUGUAGGAAGGACACUCUGCUAAUGAGCUGACCUCUAAUCACUGCCUUAUGUGCCUGCCAAGAUGUAGUAGGUGAUAUGUCAGGUUGGUUGUUAAGUUGAAAAUAUCUAUCUCAGUCCCCAAUUCCUUUUGAAAGGUGUCGUUGUAUAGGAGGGUGUCAUUUAAUCGCCACAGGGUUUUCCCUCUGUGCUUGUAAGCAUCCUGGGUUAUGAGGGUUACCGGAGCGUGGUCCGACCACACUAUGUCCCCUAUGCUACUCUGUGUUGUGGAGGGCACCAAAUCUCGUGACACCAAUAUGACGUCUAUUCUGGAGUGGGUUCCAUGCACCUUGGAGUGGAAAGUGUAACUUCUGUCACUCGGGUGAUUUGUUCGCCAUAUGUCAUAUAAAUUGUGGUCAAGUAAGAGCUUGGUGAUGGCUUUGCAUUGUGGUAUUAAGGAUCUAUGUCUGGGAGUGUUAGGCGACACUGUCGUGUCCAUAGUUGGUUGGAGAAUAUGAUUCAUGUCGCCACAUAUUAUGAUGCCGGCUCUGUGCUCAUGGGGUAAUUUGCUCAGCACUUUAUGCAAAAAAUUGCGCUGGUUAGAGUUAGGGCUGUAUAUGCCUACUAAGGUGUGUGUAUAUAUGGCUCUGUUGAUUUGACAGUGGAGUAUUAAGUACCGACCUUGUGCGUCUGUUUUAAUAUUUAGCAGUUCAAAGGUAAGUGAUUUGUGAAACAAAAAGGACACUCCCCUUGUUUUGGAAGAAUAGGUCGUAUGGUACUGCGCCGGAUAAUCUUGUUAUCUUUGCGGGACUAGGGUCAAAAACUUGGAGAGGUGUAAACCGGGUAGAAACAAAAACAAAGUAUAUACAUAAAUGUGUCUUGGUACUGGUGGUAAGUACCGUGGGGGUGGAAACUAGCAUGUUUCCGUGUCAUGGCUAUGGGUCUUCCGCUGUCUCUUAACCUUUGGAGACGGUCGGUCGCACCAGGCCACCUAUGCAGUAAGUACUAAUAGUCGUAUAGGCUCUUGGUGUGUGUACAUUUAUAUUGAGAAAGGGGAUAAACGGUAAUGGGACUAGGGGAGAUUUUUGUCAGGCAUAGUAGUAAAUAUAUAUAUAUAUAUAUAUAUAUAUAUAUAUAUAUAUAUAUAUAUAUAUAUAUAUAUAUAUAUAUAUAUAUAUAUAUAUAUAUAUAUAUAUCUAUCUAUAUCUCUAUCCACCCCCCUUGGGAUAUUUUCCCAGCCCUCGAGUCCAUUGCAAGCGCCUAGGCAUAAUCAGAUUUAUACUUGCGUAUGUCCAGCAGUUCAUGCUUUGUGCCAGUCCAGUGGGGUGUGAGGCUCCGGUCUUUGGUGCAUAAAUUCCCAGGAUUGUAGUUUACGGAGUCCAUCUUCAGGUGAUGUGAUAACCUGGGUGGUGUUAUCUUUCGUCACCAACAUUUUGGUAGGGAAGCCCCAUCGGAAUCUGAGGCCAUGAGCCCUCACGGAGUUGGCGACCUGAGCGAACUCUUUCCUUCUGCGAAGAGUAGACGCCGAUAGGUCUGCAAAAAUCAGCAGAUUUGGGUAACCUUCUAGUGGUGUCGCUUUAUUUCUGCUUGACUUGAGUAUAAGCUCUUUGAUAUGAUAAUGCAUUCGCAGUAGUACAUCCCGCGGUGCAGUUUCUGGUAGGAACCGUGGUCUAGGCAGACGGUGUAUUCGGUCCACGAGUAACAUGUCGGUUGGUAUGUCUGGAGCAUAAGCGUUAAACACGCCUCUGACAUAUGCCUGCAGGUUCUCCGGCAUAACAUCCUCUGGGAUCCCUCUAAUGCGCAGGUUAUUCCUGCGUGCGCGAUCCUCUAGGUCAGUUAUUUUAUUUUCCACCGCCAGUAAUUUUUGUUCCAGUUGUUCCACAUGAGAAGCUAUGUCAUUGUGUGCUGUAGCAAAUUCUGCCAUCUUGUUCUCCAUGUGGGAGGUGCGCUUGCCUAAUUCUUGCAUGUCCUUCCUCAGCGAAUCCGCUGUAUGUUGCCACGAUGUAAUUAGCUUGCUUGACAGGGUGUCCAGAGCUUGUUGUAAAUAGCUCUUGGUGAGUAUGUCAGGAUCACUUUCCUGCAAUGCUGCUGUGUUCUCAGGGCUGUCAGUAGCGGAGCCGCCAUCUUGCGACCAGGCCCGAGCCUCCUCCGGUUCCUGGUGUGACUUGUGUCCAAAGAAAUUGAUUUUUUUUCCGCUUUGUGUGCAGACUUCUUGCCUCUCUGCUGUGCCAUCUUCAUUUUUUAAGCAGUUGUGCUGCCAUGUUGCGUUCGAUGGAGUCGGAUUGCGACCCGUGUUGCCGGAGUGAACGGGUUACACGUCCAUUCCUCUCGGCGGUUAGCCACGCCCCCCCCUCUCUCAAUAUAUUAAUGUGAAGGGUUUGUCUUUCUAGCUUCUCCAAGACCAUAACUGAGAGCAGCACUUUCAGCCAGGAGCAUGGAUUCACAGUGGCUGUUGGUGCAGAGAUGUCCUUCAAAGCUGGAGUCCCAUUCAUAGGAGAAAUGGAGACCAAGAUUUCCAUCAAUGUGAGCACAACUCAUACCUGGAAUUUCGCCAAGACCAAUGAAAUCCAGGUAAGGGUGGAUUAAAUAAUGGUGGUGGCAAGGAAUCAAUAUGUAUGUUCAGAUUUGGUAUAGUUUGUUUUAGAACAUGCUUUUGCCUUAUUGGAGGGGAAGCAACAGGCAUGGUAUAAUGUGUCCUGGCUCUACAUGUAACUCACUAGCUAAUACCUAAUACAAGUUAUGGGUUCCUUGACUCUCAUCUCUGACAAAAGGGACUGUUUGUAAAUUUGAGAAAGGGCUGCGUCCCAAAACAGUCCUAUUUUAUUUUUACUCCCACGUUAAAUGCUAUGGUAGCACACUAGCACCAUAUAUUAACCUUUGCACAUCUACAGACUCACAGCCACAGAUAUCCUUUGUUAUAUUGGAGCAGCUGUAACAAGCCACCCAUUUAACAAGAACAGCUUAAGCUUUCCUGGCCAGUCUGUACACUAUUGCCCAACCUUUACUUACAAGAGGUCAAACAAUAGAAAUAGCCUAAAGCUGCAUCAUGCUUUUUGACCCUUCUCUCAACCAGUUAAUUUGUGCAAUAAAUGGAUAUUCUGUACAGGUAACAUGUUCUUGACUAUUCAUGAUGAAAUAUUGCUCCUGCUAGUAUCUAACCAUCUGACUUCUUCUGCAGACAACCUUCUCCUCCAGCACAGAUGUGGAGGUACCAGGUGGGCAUUCAAUACGUAUGGUCGCAUCUGUGACCAAGGGAGAAAUGGAUGUACCGUUCCGUGUCAAGAUCCGCACCUUGUUUGGCUAUGAGACCAUGAUACAGGGAAUGUGGAAAGGGAUCAGUCACUAUAACUUGAUGGUCACCCAGGAAGACUACAAACCAUGA